AUGCAGCGGGGCCGGGGCGGGAUGCUCGGCAGGGCGCUGGCGCUGGGGCUGCUCUGCGCCCUCCCCCUCUGCCCGCAGGGGCUGGAGCCCCCCGAGCCGGGCUCCGGGAUGCAGCCAGAUGAAGUUAACUUGAUGGACAAAAUUACUUCCCAUGCUCAGGACCUCAGCAAUAUUUCCUUGGGCCAUGAUCAAGCCAACUGCAGGAUGCUGGAGAUCGGGCAGUAUGCUACCCUCAACAUCCCCACCAGGGAGGCAUUUGGGGACAGGUUUUCAGAGGAGCUGAGUGUGCUGAUGAAGCUGAGGUACUCCCUGCAGGAGGACACCAGCCUGGUCACCAUCCUGAGCCACCGAAGCCAAGUGCUCUUCCAGAUCAGGAUCAACCCAUCUGCCUUGGUCUUUGUCACCACCAGGAGGAGGCACUAUGAGUUCCCAGUUUCCUUUCUUGGAGAUGGGCACUGGCACAGAGUUGCCCUCAGCAUCUCCCUGGAGAGGCUGGAGCUGCAUGUGGACUGUCGGCUGGUGGACAGAGUGAGCUGGUCCAAUUAUUUUGGGAUGGGAAUCAACACCGAGGGGCUGAUCAUCAUUGGAGGCCUGAUCCAAUCCUUUGAGACCCCCUUUAAGGGUGCUCUGCAGCAAUUGACCUUUGUGAUGGGAGACCCAGCAGCUGCCAAUGAGCACUGCAACACCUACAGCCCAACCUGUGGGCAUCCCCUCAACCUCAACUCCUUUGGUUCCUUGGGAGAACUUCCACCAGCCUGGCCAAAGCACUCCAGGCUCAUGAAUUCUGAUUUGGCCCUGGGGCUGCCUUGGAUGGGGGAGGAUGCCCAGGAGCCCCCCAACCUCCAGCCUGAUGGAUCCACCCUGACUGCAGCCUCUGCUUCUGGGAUCCCAUCAGCAGAGGAGGAAGAGGAAGAGGAGGAGGAAGAGGAAGAGGAAGAGGAAGAGGAAGAGGAGGAGGAGGGCAGCCUUUCUAUUGAGGAUGAAGGCUUUGAGCUCUUGAACUCCACUUAUAACAAAAUCACCAGUCCUGGCAGGCCAGGGCUUGGCAGGAGCAGCCCACGGGUGGCUGGGAGCUCUGCCAAGAAAGGGAGAGCCUCUGACCCCCAGGAGGAGAAUGUCACCACUGAGAAGCUGAUGGGUGACACGGGCACCCAGCGUUGGCUCUCACCUGGAAAAUCUGGUGAUGCCAUCACCCACCUGGACUUACCCGAGGCCUUGGCCAAGCUCUCCUCAGCAGCACACCAAGCAGCUGCCCCCAAAGGAACCGUGCCCAGAGCAUCCCUGGGGACAGGGCCAAGGAUGGGUGUCCCAGAGCAUCCUUUGGUGGCAGCCAGCACUGAUGUCACAGGGCUUGGGGAUGGUGCUGCCCACCCUGGGCACCCCGACUCACUGGUGGCACAUGGGAAGCCAGGACCCCCAGGGCUGCCGGGACCCCCAGGGCUGCCGGGCUGUCCUGGGAGACGUGGACUGGUGGGACCCAAAGGAGACAAAGGUUACCCUGGAGCUGUGGGGAGGAUGGGACCUCCGGGUGACCCAGGCCCUACAGGCAUCCCUGGGGUCCCCAGCAUCAUCCUCUGGAGGAACUCCAGGGAGGAUUGGCAGAUGUUCAUGCAGUCCCCCUUCUACCAGCUCCUGCAGGCAGCCUGGCCGAAAAAACCUGGAGCCCCCGGGCCCCCAGGACACCCAGGGAAAACAGGAGCACCUGGACCCUGUGGAGAUCCGGGGGAGCCGGGAGAGAAGGGGCAGCAGGGGUACAGGGGUAAACCCGGGCUCCAGGGCUUGCCAGGACGUGUGGGUUACCCUGGGUCAGAUGGUUCCCCUGGCCUGGAUGGCAAAACUGGGCCAUGGGGGCUACCAGGAGAGCAGGGGCUGCAGGGCUUCCAGGGUGACCAGGGGAUGGCUGGAGAGAAGGGAGAAGAGGGUUUCUUGGGUGACCUUGGAGCAGCUGGGGAGAAAGGAGAGAAGGGAGUGAAGGGGGUGAAGGGAGAAAAUGGGCUGCCAGGUCCUGUUGGGCUGCAGGGGAUGUCGGGUCUGAAGGGGGUGAUGGGCUUCCAAGGCCCUGUGGGGCUGGAGGGUGAAGGUGGCUCCGUGGGUCCCCCGGGCUGCCCUGGCCCCAGGGGAGAGCCGGGCCAGCCGGGAGCUGUGGGGUGCCAGGGGGUAAAUGGAUCUCAGGGAGAAAUGGGUCCUCCUGGCUUGCCUGGCCCCCGGGGUCCCAAGGGACCUCAGGGUCUGCAGGGCAGACGUGGCCCCCCUGGCCCCAGGGGUGUGCAGGGCCCAGCAGGGAUGGAGGGAUCUGCAGGUCCCAAAGGAGACCCCGGCACUGAUGGUGUCCCUGGGCUGAGGGGACAGCUGGGACAGGAGGGUCCUGGGGGCUUUGUUGGUCUGCCAGGUUCCAGAGGCACCCAAGGAGAGGGGGGUUGUCGAGGUCCAGAGGGAGCAAAGGGAGAGCUGGGACCCCAAGGAGAAAAGGGUCCCCGAGGAGCACAAGGAGCCAAAGGACCCCCAGGCAUGCGGGGCCAUGCUGGCUUCCAGGGAUUUCCUGGACCUCGUGGGGCAGUGGGGUCCCAGGGACCUGAUGGAGAAGAAGGUCAGAUGGGUCCCAUGGGGCUCAACAGCAGUGAGGGACCCAAGGGAAGCCGUGGACCCGAUGGCCCAAAAGGGACCCCAGGACCACGGGGAGCCCGGGGCCGUGUGGGACAGCGUGGGCUGGCUGGAGUCCCUGGGCUGCCUGGCUCACGGGGCAUCUUGGGAGCAGAAGGUGCAGAAGGAAAGCCUGGUACACAGGGCUCCCCAGGGACCAUGGGCAGCCCAGGCAGGAGGGGAACACCUGGUUUUGCUGGCUUGGAGGGGAGCCGUGGGCACACAGGACCUCCUGGAUCCAUAGGCUCUCUGGGAAAACCUGGACCUGAUGGAGACCCAGGUUCCCUGGGCCCAAAGGGACUGCCUGGGAAGCCUGGCUCAGAGGGGCCACAGGGACCUGUGGGCACCCACGGCUACCCAGGACCUGCUGGUGACCAUGGGAGGCCAGGGCAGAGGGGAGACAAGGGAGAAAGAGGAGUCCAAGGCCCCCCAGGAUUUCCAGGGAAACCUGGUCCCAAGGCCCUGCCAGGUCCCCCGGGUCCCCGAGGUGCUCCCGGAUCCCAGGGCAGAGUGGGAGAGCCGGGUCCUCGAGGGCUUCCAGGGCUGCCUGGUGUUUCUGGUGCCCGGGGCCUGGAUGGUGUCCCUGGGAAGCAUGGCUCAGCAGGAGAAAUGGGAGCUCCUGGAGCAGCUGGUGCUGCUGGACCCCAGGGGUACCCGGGUCAAGAAGGUCCCAAGGGGCCUGAAGGGUCUUUGGGGAUGAAAGGAGAGAAGGGCAAAGCGGGGGACCCCGGGGAUGCUGGCACCAGUGGGCUGGAUGGGGAGCAGGGACCACCAGGACAGGCAGGAGCAGAGGGGCAGCCAGGACACAAAGGAGAGCAGGGAGAGCCAGGAACCUGUGGAGCUCCAGGCAGCAGAGGGGAACCCGGGGAGCCAGGGGACAAUGGUCCAGAGGGGCCACCAGGGAGGCCCGGGAGGCAUGGAGAGGAGGGUGACACUGGGGAUGCUGGGGACCUGGGGGAGCCAGGACCACGGGGACAGAAGCAGGGUGAUGCUGGCCCCAGGGGUCUUCCUGGAGCACCUGGUCCUGGAGCUGUGACAGGGGAAAUUGGGGAGAAAGGCCAUAAAGGAGAGAAGGGCCAAGAAGGUUUGCUGGGCCAGGUGGGUGUCACAGGCACUGCAGGACCUGCUGGAGCCAGGGGAUGGUUUGGUGGGACAGGUCUCCGAGGUCCUCCUGGGCUGGAUGGUCCUGAGGGAGUGAAGGGAGAUCCAGGGCCACGAGGCAUGGAGGGACCUGCUGGUGCUGCAGGGAUAGAGGGACUCGCUGGAGAUGAUGGGGCCAAGGGAGACAGCGGCAAGCCCGGUCCCAUGGGUGCAGCGGGUGCCCGGGGCUCGGUGGGUGCCCCCGGGCUGCAGGGAUACAGUGGGCACGGAGGAGCCAGAGGAGCUGCGGGCACCAAGGGACAGCCAGGCCGGAGGGGUCCUCUCGGGCCACCGGGUGAAGCUGGAGCCACGGGGCUGAGCGGCACCGAGGGUCUGGUUGGUGCCAAAGGGGAGCUGGGCAAGCCGGGAAGACCAGGACAGAUGGGGUCUCCAGGACGAACCGGUCCUAAAGGGUGGAAAGGUCGCAAAGGACAAAAGGGUGAUGUGGGGCAGGAAGGGGAAGCAGGGGUCCCUGGAGAAGCUGGCAGACGGGGCAAGAGAGGCAAAGUGGGGCACAGGCCCCCAAGAGGCCCCCGGGGACCCAAGGGCUACCCAGGUGACGAGGGGCUGCAAGGACCCCAGGGACCCCAGGGACCCUAUGGCAUCCCAGGGCUGAAGGGCAUCAAAGGAGACCCUGGAGCAAAAGGCCACAAGGGUGAGAAGGGCAGCGUGGGGGAGCGGGGCCAGCAAGGGGACGAUGGCUUCAAGGGCAAACCAGGACCCCAAGGUGUCCCUGGGAGGCUGGGACCCAAGGGACAGCAGGGUGACAGUGGCCCCCCUGGCCCAAGGGGACACCCUGGCAUCCCUGGGACACUGGGCUUGUCUGGACCCAAAGGUCUGAAAGGUUUCCCAGGGCUGCCAGGACCUUGGGGUGCACCCGGUCUGCCGGGUCCUGCCGGUCCCCCUGGUCCCAAUGGACCUGUGCUGGUGCUGUCCAGGGAGCAGCUGCAGCACAUGAUUUAUCCCUCCAACCACCUCAACUCCUCAGCAGUCCAGGCUCUGCUGCACACCCUGACCCAGGAGCUGCAAUCCCUCCUCCAGCAGCCCAAUGGCACCAAAACCAACCCUGUGGCUACCUGCAAGGAGCUGCUGCUGGCCCACCCUAGCCUGCCCGAUGGGCAAUACUACAUCGACCCCAACCAGGGCAGCCCCCAGGACUCACUGGUGGCCUUCUGCAACUUCACAUCUGGGGGUGAGACCUGCAUAGCCCCCAUCCACAGCCAGGUCCCCAUCAAGGCUUGGCUGAGUGCCUACACCUCCACGGACACCUUUGAGUGGUUCAGCACCCUUCCUGGGGGCUUCCUGCUGGAGUACUGGGGUGCCAGCCCAGUGCAGCUCCGCUUCCUGCGCCUGCACAGCCACCGGGCCACCCAGAGGGUCUCCUACUCCUGCACACCAAGCCCCCAGCAGCUCCAGCCCCAGCAGGAGAAGGAAAUCCAUUUCCUGGCUGACUCCCGGGAGCAGAGCUAUGCAGCCAGCCUGCCGGGAUGCCUGCCAGACAACGAGUCCUCCAUCACUGACACCAUCUUCCAGUUCACCACGGAGGAGCUCUCCCUGCUGCCCCUGAGGGACAUUGCUGUCUUUCACAACGGGGACACCUCCCACCAGUUUGGGUUCACAGUCGGACCAGUUUGCUUCAGCUGA